CCUCGCUGAAAACGCGGCCAUGCCGAGCGGUGACACUCUGCAGCCGGACUACCGCCUGGUCUCAUCCGUCUUUAGCGCUUCACAGAGCGGUCGGAUGCCAUGAGAAUUCCCACAGGCCCUCACUGGCUCCAUGCUGUGAGUAAAACCGUGGUCAAGAGGGGAUAACCAACGGCGGAUAAUGACGUGAUGAUUCCGGUUGUAGAGCCAGCACAGGGGGGCUCCGGGCACCUUUAAUGACCGGUGCUGGAGAGGAAAUCACUGGACUUUAUUGUCUGUGGAGCCGCGUAACACCGGACCGACAGCGGUGCAAAUAAGAAGAAGGGAAGAAAAGAAAAGAAACGUCUCUCUAACAGGUUGCUGAGACAUUCAGUCCGAAAAGGGGGGAUUUGCAGCACAGCAGAGAAUGCUCUCCCCCAGAUGCUGACUUCUAAAGGCAUUAGAAACCUUUGCUGGACGGUUUGAUGGAGAGCUGGUCGGAUGUCAGCGGGAACUAUUGUCAUAACCGGAGGAAUACUUGCCGGAGUGAUACUGCUGUGCAUUGUAGCAGUUCUCUGUUACUGUAGACUCCAGUAUUACUGCUGUAAGAAAAAUGAUUCUGAGGUGGACGUGGCCUCCAUGGCAGGACCGGAUCCUCUUUCUCACUUUCCAUGCAACGCCUGCAACGCCCUCGCCAUGGACGGCACUGCCAUCACCCCCGUCUCUCUGGAUCAGCUGGAUUCGGGUUCUCACCACUGCCCCAGCUGUUCACCGUACACCCUGCGCUCGGGACUCACAGACGACAUGCGUAACGGAGGGGAGCGUCUCGGCUUCCAUACUUACUACGAGAACCCGUCUGUGUCUCUUCCCCUGUCGGUUCACCCUCAGAGCUCCUCCCCUCUGAGCUACUGCAGUCCCUUGGACACGUUUCCUCCCCCGCCGCGCUCCUACAGCACUGACGUCUGACCUUUGCUUCACUGUACAGGCACACACACACACCUACAGCAUCUAGCACAUGCCCUUUUGUUUGAGACUAACUUCAGGUAAUUGAUUAGAGGACAGCACAAUUAUACACACACAUGCCCAUAUUACUGUACAUGCUCACAUAAUUUCAAAGGAAGUGACCCAUAAACUAAGCCUACUGAUAAAGCCCCAUGGUGGGCGACAAAUCUGGGCAUGAUCUGCAGCAGGGAAAUAUUACAUAAAAUUGGCCACAUUACUCUUUAAAAAACUCAUAUUUUAAUCUUAGUACGACUUUUGCUUAAACAAAAGCUAUAAACUGUAUAAGUACCAUUACAGUUAGCAUCUCAUUGAGCCCGGUCACACAUGAUAGUGUUUUUAGUAAAUGGCUCAAAGGUUGGAGCUAGUCUACACUCUAUAAAUGCAUCUGGGGCAAUGAAGUCAUUCGGGUUACAUAUGAUCAGGGACACAUAACAAAGCUUUUAGUACAGAGUAAACUCAGACAGUCCCCAGGCAGAAAAACAGGCGAGGUUUUGGGGCAUUAAAGUAAUUUAGUCAUUAAAAAAUUGUGACAUGUAGAAUUUGUUUUUUAAUUUCCAUGAAGUUUUGUGAAUGUAAUUAUGUAAUUUAUGGAGAAAAAAUGUAUUCAGUUAGACAAGAAAAGGCUUAGUACUAAAUUACAAACAUGUUUUAUUAAACUCAGUGGAACAACAGUAAGGACAUUAUUUGCAAAUUCUGCAAUUAUAAGUCAUUCGGCAGUUAUUUAUGACUCAGGACCUCAGUUGCAUUAGAUUAGAUGAACACAGAGUUUAUGAUCUCAUGUUCAGCUCAUUCUCUGGCAAAUGCAUCCUGGAUGCAGGGAUCUAGUAAAAACCACCAUUUUUCCGGCAGUAGACAAAUGUCAGCCUAAUCUGAAGAAUGACAAAGUUACAUAAACACACCUAGAUAUAGUGCUGCAUUUAUCAUUCACUCUCGAUGUGAUUAAGAUUAACCACAUAAAUACCUUCCUGUUACGUGUGAGCACUUUGAAUUUAUUUUUAGCAGCAUUUUCCACUCAGUGAAUCAAAAGUGACUGCUGAUGACGAGGAGACAGAGCUGAGACACAUGAAGAAGGCAUGCACAACCCCAUAUUUGAGCAUCACUUCAGUUAUUCUUAUUCUUUUCUCCAGUUUCUCCCUUUUUCCCUGUGUCACAAAGGGUUAAUGGUAGUGUGAACCUCUUACCACUGCAGCUUACACUACAUGAGGGCUAACAGCUAUAUUAACUACUAAUGGAGCUUAACUGUUUUUAUCCAGAAGAAAGACCUGACGAGCAAAGAAGGAACUACAACUUUUUAAGCCUUUUUUUGUUCUUCUUGCAGAUUACCAGAAAGUCUGUGAGAAAAGUGUCAGUUUAGUCUGUUUCUGUUUUCACUUCUGACAUGAAAUUGCCAUGAAACUGAAGAGAGUUUGUUCCGCAGUGUCUUCCAUAGAAGCUGAUGUAUUUACCUUUUCUGUGCUUACAGAUUGUGACGUGUGAAAGCAGAUUUUUAGACGUGCGAUAAGCAGAAAAGAGAGCUGCUGUACCAUAUUUAAUGAUCUUAAAGCUUAGGUUUUAUAUCUAUAUAUGAGCCAUCAUAUCUGCUACAGUACAGUAAUAAGAUGCAGUGUUAUUGCAGUAUAUGCCUGAAUCUAUAUAUUUUUUAAGGAGUAUUGUCAUUUUUUUGUGAGGGAUGUUUGGGUUUAGACGUAUUUCAGUACUUUUCUCUUCAGUUUUGGUUUCUUUCUGUGUUCCUGUGCACUCCUGACAGCUGCAGAGGAACACAACUGUGGAAAUGGCAACUCAGUUUAAACAUAAAUUGUGCUGGAGGUGUGAAAAACACAGGAAAAUGUGUGAAACAGUGAUGUUGAGUAUUAUUGAACAUAGGCUAUUAUUUAAGAUCUAAACUAUCUUAUUCACUCUAAUGUCACGUUGUUUUCACUGAGCUGUAAGCUUCAUUAUAUUUCCUUAUUUUCUUGAUCUUACAGUCUCUCGGUCAGACGUACGUCCUAAAUUUUAUGCAGUACUGUGGAAAAGUCUUGAGCCACAUGUCAUUUCUUUAUAGGAAAAUGGGAAAUGGGUGCAGGGAUGUCAUGAAACAUACACCGACAUACACAGAAAUACAGUUUAUAAGGCAAAGAAAAAAGUUUGUAAAAUUCUAGCAAGCCCAAAAGUGAAUUUUUGGGAAUGACCAUUUUUACUCUUCAACACACCCUGAAUGCUCUUAGUCAGCUUUCUUGUAAUUUCUUUGAGAAGUCUUCAGGAAUAGUUCUCCAGGCUUCUUGAAGAACAUUCAAAGCUCUUCUUUGGAUGUUGGCUGUUUUUUAUUUCAUUCUCUGUAGGUAUGAUCCGUUAUAGUAAUAGCAGUAAGUCCGGGCUCUCGGUAGUCCAACCCAUGACUGAUGACCAUAGGGUACUUUUCAGCGUUCAUAAUUCCAUCAACUUUAACAAAAUCCCCAACACUGAAAUACAGCCCGAAACCAUGACAGAGCCUUGCUGUGUUUUACAGAUCGCUGUAGAAACUCCUGAUGACCUGUUUCUGCUGAUUUUCAGCCCAGUUCUUGUGUAAUUUAGCAUAUCUCACCCUUUUCUGCCUGUUUGCCUUCCUUUAAAAUGACUGUUCAUCUGCUAUUGAACUGCUACUUCUUCUUUUUGUCCUCCUCUUGUCCUCUUUCCUCUCAUUUCUCAAAGACACACUGCACAUCAUGCUGAGAUAUGCAGUUUUCAGGAAGUAGCCCUUUGGUAAUCACCUUGUUUGUGCACAAAUAGUAUUUUAAGCCAGUCAAACUACCUUUGGCAUUUUUUGUAGUUUCAAUAAAAUACAUGAGAAAAUAAAUUUUUAUGUUUUUGCAGCAGACUUCUAAUAACAAAGUGCCUAAAGAUACAAUUUGAUAAUUGGUUCUUUGCUAAUUUGUCUGGUGCGUAUAGACAUGACACUGGUUCAUUACUUGGGUUAGGUGCCUUUUUUAUGCUUGUUUAAUUCAUAGGUCAGUGUUAAAAAAACAUUCCUCUGAAAAUGAUCCGGCGCAGGGAGUGGACUAUUGCUCAAAACUGGUUUAAAAAUACCAACAAGUCUGCCUCCUUAGAAGCUAAAUCCAGAUAAUGGAGUGCUGACUUAAGACUUUUGCACAGUAUUGUAUGUAAACUGCUUUAUUUUUAUUUUUAAAUGUCUUUGUCAGUUUAGAUGUUCACUGAACACUGGCGUUCACUGCCACCUACCCAACAAAUAUCCCCUUAGUCCGAUGACAGUGGCUCAGUGUUUGUGCUCACAGGUUUGUUGCACCAUAAUGAACACAACUGUUGUGUCAGAACUUAACUUUUAUUUUCAGGUUACUGUUUCUGUAUUUAAAAAAAAACACAUUCUGCUAUGACCUGAGGAAAAUCCACAAUGUUUCACAUAAUGUUCCUUUUUUUUCAGGACGAAUAAAUAUGUAGAUAUCUGCA